AUGUUGUCGGUAGGCAGAAAACACAAUAAGACGCACUCGACGUAUGCGUUCGAGUCGAACACGAACAACGUUGCGGCAUCGCAGAUGCGCAACGUGCUGAACAAGCUGGCGGACUCGGUCAAAGACGAGAAGACGCGGUGCCGGUUCGAGAACGAGUUGGACUCGUUCUUCACGCUGUUCCGUCGGUACCUAGUGGAGAAGUCGUCGGACACGACGCUGGAGUGGGAGAAGAUCAAGUCUCCGAGCGCGGAGGAGGUGACGGCGUACUCGGACAUCGGGGCGUCGGAGAACUUGGCGAGCCUGGAGAAGCUGGCGGUGCUGAAGCUGAACGGUGGGCUGGGCACGUCGAUGGGGUGCGUCGGGCCAAAGUCGGUGAUUGAGGUGCGGGACGGCAACACGUUCCUGGACCUCUCUGUGCGGCAGAUCGAGUACCUGAACCGGCAGUACGACUCGGAUGUCCCGCUGUUGCUGAUGAACUCGUUCAACACGGACGCAGACACGGAACACCUGAUCAAGAAGUACUCGGCGAACCGGAUCCGGAUCCGCUCGUUCAACCAGUCGCGCUUCCCCCGCGUGUACCGCGACUCGCUGUUGCCAGUUCCACAGGACUACAACGACAAGCUGGACGCGUGGUACCCUCCAGGGCACGGUGACCUGUUCGAGGCACUGCACGCCUCGGGCGAGCUGGACGCGCUGUUGGCACAGGGCAGGGAGAUCCUGUUUGUGUCAAACGGUGACAAUCUGGGCGCCACUGUUGACCUGAAGAUCCUCAACCAUAUGAUCGAGACUGGCGCCGAGUACAUCAUGGAGCUCACCGACAAGACGCGCGCGGACGUGAAGGGUGGCACUCUAAUAAGCUACGAGGGACAGGUGCGCCUGCUUGAGGUUGCUCAGGUUCCAAAGGAGCACAUCGACGAGUUCAAGAACAUUCGCAAGUUCACGAAUUUUAACACGAACAACCUGUGGAUCAACUUGAAGGCCAUCAAGCGUUUGGUUGAGUCUUCUUCCCUAACCAUGGAGAUUAUCCCCAACAAGAAGACUAUCACCAGAAACGGCAACGAGAUUGAGGUGCUGCAGCUCGAGACCGCUUGCGGUGCCGCCAUCCGUCACUUCAAGGGUGCUCAUGGUGUUGUGGUCCCUCGCUCGCGCUUCUUGCCGGUCAAGACUUGCUCUGAUCUAUUGUUAGUCAAGUCCGAUCUCUUCUACCUAGAGCAUGGGGCUUUGAAGCUCGACCCAUCCCGCUUCGGGCCUAACCCGCUCAUCAAGCUCGGCUCUCACUUCAAGAAAGUGUCCGGUUUCAACGCGCACAUUCCUCAUAUCCCCAAGAUCAUCGAGCUUGACCACCUCACCAUCACUGGUAACGUUUACUUGGGCAAGAAUGUCACGCUAAAGGGCACUGUCAUCGUCGUUUGCUCUGACGGGCAAAGAAUUGACAUUCCAAACGGCUCCGUCUUGGAAAACGUUGUUAUCACGGGUAACUUGCAAAUCUUGGAACACUGA